AUGAUAGUCGGUAUCGGGCCCCAUGCGCAGCGUACUUAUAUUCCACAACUCCAAGCUUUGGGGAAAGACCAUGGAGAAAUGGUGAAAGCGGGAGUUGAUGUGGAGGAAAAGCGCAUACAAGUGACAGAAUGGGCCUUGAAGCACUGUCCCAAGAUGAAGACCCACUUCGUUCCAUUCUUCACGGAUGUGAUGCCCGCACACGUGAAGACUGCACUGGAUCACCUGGUCGAUACACUGGAAAUCAACGCUCUCGUCGUUAGUACUGAGCCUCUUGCUCACAAAGCAUACGCGCUUUGGGCUAUGGGCCGCGGUCUCAGCAUACUCAUGGACAAGCCGAUCACCACCCGUGAAAGGGCAACCGUCGACAUCAACGAAGCACGAGGCAUCGCAGAGGACUACCAUAAGUUAUUUGCGGAAUACUCUGCUCUUCAGAAGCAUACGCGUACUUGCUUCAUGGUCAGCAGUCACCGACGUUUCAAUCCAAUAUUCAAGCGGGCUAUGAGCUAUAUUCGCGAAAUCGCUGAGCAUACUGGAUGUCCUGUGACCGGUAUCUCAGCAUCUUACUGCGACGGAACUUUUCGCUUGCCCUUGGAGACCCUGGAACAGCGAUACCACACCUACAGCAAGGGCUACGGCAAGGUAUCCCAUAGCGGUUACCACAUCCUCGACCUCACUUGUUGCUUCGCCAAAGCUGGUAUAAUCCCAAAGAAAUCACCAGAUAGUAUCGACGUGAUCAGCAGCUUUAUAUCGCCAAAGGGAUUCUUCCGACAGCUGCGUGAGGAAGAUUAUCAGAACCUGUUCGGAGUAGCUGAAUAUCAAUCAGUCUGUACAGAAAGCGAGCAAGAUCUUGCGCAGCGAGCUCAGGGGUACGGGGAAAUCGAUGCGGUAGCACAAUUGACCUUCCGUCAAGAAGGCGACCCAGUAAUGCUGGCCCAACUCAACAUUUCCAGUACUGGGUAUGGCCAACGUUCGACCCUUCACCCAAAUCCGGACCAAUACAAAGGCAAUGGGAGAGUCAAGCACGAGGCUUAUGAGAUCAGAAGCGGGCCAUUCCAGACAAUCUACAUCGAAUCCAGAUCCAUUGCCGACGAUGGCAGUGCAUGCACACCUGGAAACUUCCAGACAGGCGCCAAUAAUCAUUUUGAGAUGCAGGUUUUUCGCAAUCACGAGCUUACUGGUCAUGCGCAGCCAAUGGAGGUUCUUCAUCUGGCAGACCUUGCAGACGAGCUGGGUUAUAGCCAUGAGAAGUUGUAUACUGAGCAAGCAAAGUCUACCAUGAUAUUGGAAAUGAUCCUUUUCAUCGAAGGGAAGAUUGACUAUCCAGAGCUGACCUCAAACCUGGAUGACCAUCGCUUACCCGCCGAAAUUAUGAGCGCCAUGUAUGUCUCCCACAUAUUAGACAAGAAGGUUGGGAAUCCUGUUGCAACGAUAAGUCUGCCAUGA